UCGGUAACGGCACGCUUUCUUUCAGAUCUCGGACGCUCGGGAAAAUGGAGUAACAUAACAUCGAUCCGAAUGGAAGACUUCAAGGGCAGGUAUAAGGUAGAUUUAUUAAAUGUUCGUUGGGUCAUCUGCGGUCACCUAGUGUGAAGGGGGCGCACUGGGCACCCCAGCACAGGGUCGCAACUGCUGGAGUGGCGCAGUUGUUACGUGUUUACGACUUGUUCCUUUGUUUUCAUUCCCCUGAUCGCGGAGAGCUGUGAAAACCAAGAUGGCUCCUGGAGGAGUAAUCUGUGAAGAUAUUUCCUGAAGACAUGGCCAUUUGAUCAAAUAUUCUCCCAUCACCUGCUGAAGCAGGAAACUGCAGAUCAUGCACGUUACAAGGCCGAAAUCUGCCAAGGGUCGCAACAGGCUGCCAUCGAGCUACUCGGCGGCCGUGCAAGCCGUGUCCUGCCAAGGUGACUCGAUUGCUUCCAGGCCCUCGACCUCUUCACUGGAUCGGACAGGGAGAACCUUCUGUGCGUCCCCACAGCCCAGCCUGGCCACAGCCGAUGAUAUUCAGGAGUUCCUCCAACAGUUCCCGGUGAGGCCCUCCUCAUCCUUAAACAGGUAUCGAGUCCUGCCCUCCAUUCAGCAGGGAGGAGGAUGUGUGGCAGCUCAGGGUGUGGAGGCAUCACCCAAGGUGUCGAGGAGAACACAGAGGUGCAGUCCUAGUGACCUUGAAAUGUUACGAUCUACAGCAGAUGACCAGCAUCUCAGAAGUGAAACAGUGGUGGUGGGAGAGCCUGAGAUGAGUGGAAAUCGGCUCAGCUGUGAAACGGGAAGGGUGAGCGAGACUUUUGGGUCACUACAAGGCAUUGAACGGCGUCCUCCGGAUAACUUGGAAGAUGGCCAAUGUGUCAUACUUGCUGUGAGAUCUCCUACUGGUGAAAGAUUUCAGCACACGUUUAGUGCCACAGACACACUGGGCAGAGUCCUGGACACGGCCAAGGCCCGGUUUGGUGCCGUCUACAAGAACGUCUUAAUCGAAACCAUGGAUGUGCCGAGAAGAAGCUUCUCUGAUAUGUCUAAAACCCUCACCGAGUGUGGAAUCCAAACAAAGUCUGUAUUGUGUAUUCAAGAACAUUUGGAGUAGGCCAUGGCUUUGUUUUGCAGUUGGAUUUUUGACAUUUCGUAAGCACCUAAAUAUUCAGACCUCAUCAGGAGAAAUGACCGUUAUCAGCCAUUAGAAGUCCACCCUUUCUUCACAAAGCACAUUGGUUAAUACUCUGGUGUACAUAUUUCGAUAAUUCUUGCUGCUUUUUUAGAUUUUUAGAGAUUCCAUUUAUUUAUUUUAGUUGUCAAAUUAAAAUCACAGUCCUGUAUUUUUUGCGGUUAUUGCUUUUGUUUUUAACUCACCUGUCAAUUUACAGAGUACGCUUAAUUUUAAGGUUGCUGAUGGCCAAAGCUUAACACAACAACACAGGAUGCCAACAACCCUUGGUGAGGAGUUGGAAGGUUGGACACUGGUGGCUUUUAUCGACGGUUCGGUGCCUGCGAUGCCUUGGAAUGUGACCGCCGGUUCAACGUUCCCAGUCACCCUAUCAUCCCUGGAAGGUCCGAAUAACUUUGGGUGGGCCCGUUUAAUCUUUACAGCCUCUAAAUUUUGGAGCCUGUAGCCUUCAAGAUCAAACUGCUGCAGUUCGAAAGGGGAGUGCCAAGUUCUAGGACUAAUUUGUUUUUUCUUAUAUAAACCUUUAAGCAGGAAACAUUUCAUAUGAACGCCUUACUUUAUUUAUUAAUCAUCAUUUAUUAAUGAGGAUCACUUUUUAAUUGCUGAGUGUCUUUGAAUCAGUGUUGGUCAUUUGGCCUUUGUUGUGUUCACGUUUAGUAAUUUGCUCACCAGUCGUUUUUGUAUAUUUACAGUAUAUUGUAGAUUAAUGAAUGAAUCUCGAUGCAGUUUGCUGUUACCCUUCAAGCUUGGCUCUGGUUGGAAGUCUGAAUGUGUUAGUCAGUUAGCACCUCAAGUAUGUCAGCUGAUUUGUUUUCUUUCCUUUCUAGUUUAUGUUGUGUAGGUUGGAAAAUGUGUAUACUUCUCAAAUGGACUGAUUAAAAAUCGGGUAUUUGUAA